ACUCAGCACUGAAACAGAACAUCACAUGAGGCAGCUCUCCCACCUGUCAUUUUGAAGGAUUUACCAGCUCCCAUUGGAUCAAAUAAUAUUUGAUAGUUGGGAGCUAAAAUGGGUAGGUAAUACAGUGCAGCGCAUCAUGGUGGACCUAUUCAUCGCCUUACAUUGCUGCUAUGGCUAGAUUGGUAUUGCACACUCUCCAUGCUGUUACUCCUUUAAGACCUGGGUAUUCGCAGCUGAGCAGUUACCGGAUGUCAUAUAGCUUCAUACUGCAUUCUGUAUGAAUACACAUAAAUCCCAGAAGGAUGGUUACCCAAACUUUACUUGACUACCUUCAUGAAAGAACAUCCCACAGUCUCCCUCCAUGGCUUGUCCCCAUUGCAGAUGGAAAGUAUUUCCUAAUAUUUAAGUUAAAAUCAAUACUUCCAUAAUUUAAAAUCAUGAGUUAUUGUCUUUUCUGUCAUGGGAGAGAUCAAGGAGAGAUCAGGGACCUUUAAAAACAAUACUACGUGGUCCACUGCUUUCACCAACACAUGUUUACUCAGAAUUAAUAUGCACUGUAUUCAAUGGGGCUUAACUCCUAGGGAAGAGUACGUAAAGUUGCAGCCUUUACAAUUAUUUAAUGCAGGGAGUGCUAACUUGUGUGGCCUUUCAUAUGCUGUUGAGCAACAGGCAGGGGUUAUGGGAGUUGUAGUCCAAGAACAUAGGGAGGGCCACAUGUUCAAAUGGAAAAGUUGUUUUGUCUCAGAUACUGAAACGAGUUUUCCGUCACACACAACAGUUCUGUACGGCAAGGUUCCUAGAAUACUUUAACUCACAGCAAGCACUCGUACCUGCAGGACAGAUUAGUUGUGACUGACUGAGUCCAGUUGGUUGCAGUGGAAGUGAUGUGCAGUGCUAUUUUUCUAGAAAAAGAGGUGCCAGAACUCACCACAAACACCUCCCUUGUUCUCUUAUAAUGGCAAUGGUGCACACCUGAGAGGUGCUGGAACUGAGUUCUGGUAAAUUCUGGCUGAAAAAUGCCCUGGUUCUGUGUGACUAACUUUAGUUGGAUUGGGACCUUGUGCUUUGCUUUCAUAACAGGUUGUUGAAAAGACAACUGUUGUGUUUCUAUAAGUGCCAGUCAGACAUGCCUACCAUCCUCAGUUCAAAGGUCAUAUUUAAAGUCAGGUGACCCAGGCGAUCAGAUUUGUGGGGAGGAGAGUGCUGGGUUCAGGGCAUGCCUGACACUAGUUUUCUACUUUCAUGUUUUCUUUUUUGCCAUCAUGGUGCAACACCAUUUGGAUUUUCAACCUUGGGCAUCAAAUCAUCUUGGACUAAGAGCUAGUGUGGUGUAGUGGUUAAGAGCGGUAGACUCGUAAUCUGGGGAACCGGGUUCGCAUCUCCGCUCCUCCACAUGCAGCUGCUGGGUGACCUUGGGCUACUCACACUUCUUUGAAGUCUCUCAGUCCCACUCACCUCACAGAGUGUUUGUUGUGGGGGAGGAAGGGAAAGGAGAAUGUUAGCUGCUUUGAGACUCCUUCGGGUAGUGAUAAAGCGGGAUAUCAAAUUCAAACUCUUCUUCUUCUUCUCUUCUUCUACCUCAUGUUGAUUUCCUUGGAGUAAACAUUAUGUCUUGCUAGUUGAAUCCAGUUGUUCUUUUUUUGUUUUAAUCACAGUAUGAAGGAUUUAAUUUUGCAAUACUUACAGAAUGAACAGGUUUGGGUUAAGUCUUGCUAGUAGGGAGGGAUGAUGUGGCCGCUGAAUACCUGUUUUCACUGAAGUCAUGAAAAAAUAGUUCAGUGAUUAGAUUUAGAUUUUUCUAGGGCCUUUUGAGUGUGUGCAUCAAACCUUAAUGUGAGUCCUAAUAUGAUCUGACAGUGUUCUUCUCUGCUACUGGGCACCAGGCAGCUUUAUGAACUUGUGUCAGAACAAGCCAUUAGGUUGUCAGCAUGGUUUUGCAUGAAAUACGUUUUCUGAAUUACCGUCUGUCUCUCACUCUCAAAACCGAUACUUUUUAAAAGCUAAUUUUCUUUCUGAAGGUCACUUGAAUAAAGCUCAUUGGUUGAAAAUAGGAAACAAAAGAUACUCCUUAAAUUGUGGGUCAGGAUCCUCUUUGCUUCCAUGAUCUGGCUAUAAGAAAGGGGUUGGCUAUCUUUUAAUCAGCUGCUAAAUAAAUAUGCAAUCAGCCAUCCUGAAUGGAAGGUCUCAAAAUUAUGUUUUCCUAAUAGGACGCUAGAGGAAGGGAUGCUGUGACAGGUGUCUGCUAUAUUUUUUAAUUCGUUAGUAAUAAUAGAAGAUAUACAAUAAUUAAAAUAUUUAUAGAACUGCAGUCAAAAUAUAAAAUGAGGCAUCCCAGAGCUGCUUCUACCUCUUUGUCAUUCAUUGCCUGUAGGGCUACAAAUGCAACCCUAUGCAUGUCUACUUGGAAGUAAGUGUCAUUGAAUAUAAUGGUGCUUAUUCCAAGAUUAGUGGGUAUGGGAUUUAAAGAAGAGCAGAGGUAAAGAAAUAAUUACUAUACAAUAAGCAACCUGACCCACAGAUCCAUCCCUAUUUAUUGAGACUUAAUUUUAAUGCAUAUAAAUCAAAUGCUGGUGCAUUCUAGAUUAACACACUUCUCUGAAAAGGAGUAGAUGAAUGCAUGGAGUUAACUAUUGCAUUUCCCAUUUCCCACCUACCUAAAUUAUAAACAUGUUUCCUUAUUGUAACUAGCAAUAACAAACAGUAGCAUUUCUAGUUUGAAGGCAUAAAUUUAUGCAACACAUAUUGCAAAAUCAUUUUUCGGGGGCUACUGAUAAAAGAAUGUGAAACCUCAGAGAACCAGAAGCAAUGCAGUUGCAUAGAUAAUAUGCAUGUCUCCUUUAGAUGGUGUCAUUUGUUUUUCUAGGUCACCCUCGCUUUUUCAACCAGCUCUCUACAGGGCUUGAUAUCAUUGGCUUAGCUGGAGAAUGGCUGACGUCUACUGCUAAUACAAACAUGUAAGUACCUUAGGACUUUUCUCUCUGCUGUAUGGUGAGAAGGCAAAGUCCUGUACAGUUCCCAUCAUCCCUGACCAUGUUCUGUGGGCUGGGGCCGAUGGGAAUUGAAGUCCAGCAAAUGUAGAGGGCACAACACUUAGUUAUCCUUGGGAUAGAGCAGGGGUAGGCAACCUAAGGCCCGGGAGCUGGAUGCGGCCCAAUUGCCUUCUCAAUCCGGCCCACGGACGGUCCAGAAAUCAGUGUGUUUUUACAUGAGUAGAAUGUGUCCUUUUAUUUAAAAUGCAUCUCUGGGUUAUUUGUGGGGCAUAGGAAUUCGUUUAUCUCCCCCCCCCAUAUAGUCCAGGCCACCACAUGGUCUGAGGGAUGCUGGACCUGCCCAUGGCUGAAAAAGGUUGGUGACUUCUGGGAUAGAGCAUUAUUUCAGUGUGCUAAAAACAAAGACAGAUGAAUUGGUUAGACUGUCUCUGUUUAUUUUUUUCUCCUCUUGGGUUUGGACAAGGAUAUUUAAGGCUGUGUGUAUGGGUAUGUAGAUAGAGAGCCAGUGUGCUGUAGUGGUUAAUAGCGAUAGACUCAUAAUCUGGUGAACCGGGUUCGCGUCUCCGCUCCUCCGCAUGCAGCUGCUGGGUGACCUUGGGCCAGUCACACUUCUUUGAAGUCUCUCAGCCCCACUCACCUCACAGAGUGUUUGUUGUGGGGGAGUAAGGGAAAGGAGAAUGUUAGCCGCUUUGAGACUCCUUCGGGUAGUGAUAAAGCAGGAUAUCAAAUCCAAACUCUUCUUCUUAAUUAGGGAUUUAACUUCUGUGAUACUGUGGCACCUAGACCAUAUCAAGAAAAUUAAGGGACUUGUGGAGUCAUGCUGUUCUAUGACAUGGGCGUAGCUAGGAUUUUUGUUAGGGGAGCAGGACUUUUGGGGGGGCAGAACCAACGUGAUUGGUCAGUUAGUUAAGUAUUUCUAUUGUUUUACUUGAUGUAGGGGAGGCAUCUGCCCUACCCCCACCCCGGCUACACCCAUGUUCUAUGGUGUGGCUAAAUCUAUGGGAGGUUGGCAGGUGGAGGGAUGGAAACAGGUAGCAGAGUUAAAUAUCCACAAUAAAUAGUUCUAGAAAUUCAUUGGGUGCAUCAUCUAUUUAUCUUCACAACAAAUGGAUAGGAGGGUGAAACUGCUUGCUGUGCACACAUUAGGAAAAGUAGCGUAAGCAUUCCAGCUGCUGCUGCUGCUAACCCUCAUCUUGGGAGAUAAUCAGGGAAAAGCUGAUCCAUCUUCUCCACUUUUAGAAAUUUCUCCUGGUUCCUUUGAUAGGUUCAUUUCACAUAUUCUGAAUGAGAAAUUAAACUAAUACACAACCUAGGCAUAUUAACAUUUAUCUGAACCUGGCUCAAGGUUUACCUCUGUCUGUCUUUGAAGUUGUCCUGAGUAUAUUCAAUGUUGUUGCGGGGUGGUUAAGAUUUCUUUUUGGAAUUCCCCUGUUCGAAGUCUUGGAAUUAGAAGGCAUGCUGGCUACAAACCUGAAACUAGUUGUUUGUUUGUUUGUUUGUUUGUUUGUUUGUUUGUUUGUUUUAAAGAUAACCAGAAUAUCUGGAGGAGUCACACUUUCAUAUUUUCUGUAUUAAAAGGAGGGCUAAAGUUGAGUUACAAUCAAAGCCUUCCACUGGAAUUGAUGUAUAAAAACAAAAUGUGCUCAGAAGGUGAGGAGAGACCAGAACUAGAUUUUAAGGUUAUUAUUUAAUCACCCGUAGAAGCAGUUGGUAAGACGCUCUUCAUUGAUGCAGAAUGGAUUAAGAACCAGAAAGUGGAGUGAUAACAUACUCAGCUGAAUUAUUAGUCUUCGUGUUAUGCUUUAACAUAGUGCAAAGAAGGACUUUCAGUAGCAGAGGAGAAAAUUACAACUGUAGCUAGCGUUAGAUUCCAUCAUUUUAUGAAAUGCAAUUAUCUUUAUUGAUACGGAGGUUGCGGGGGGAAAAGUUAAAAUGAAGUUCAAGGUGAUUGUUGGUAUCAGUCCCCGAGACCCACUGAAAGGGAUGGAAAGCGGGUGUGAGACACGCCUGGAGGCAGUUUGAAAUUGUGUAUUGAUUUGCAUGGGCUUUAGAAAGUGCGACAUGAGAGGACUCCAAAUACUCAUCAGCGAUCAAAAGGCAGGUUUCUAUUUCAGACCGCUGUUAGAUGUGUGCAGUGAUGACUACAUGCACAAGCAGCUGAAAAAUCUCACCAGAUGGAAAAGCAAGUUCAUUUUGGGCAAAAUGACAACGCAUGAAGGAGCUUUUCCUGCAAAUGGAAAAGCGAACUUUCUGUCACUUGCACCAUCCACUGAUAAUGCUCUGUUGGUUUCAAUGGGAGAAUUAAACAUCUGUCGCUCCUUGCUUGUUUGUUAUAUACUGCCCAAUAACAAAUAAUCUCUCAGCAAUUUACAAGUAAAAAAAAUAAAUCAACAUGCAUAAUAAACACAAACUCCAACAACAAAAUAAAACCAGGGUAAAAUCAGCAGCAGAACAUGGUGUCUAUACAAUGGCUCUACAAAGCUCUGGAAUGUUUUCAAAUGGAAAUACCUAGUGUGAAAAGGACAAUAAAGACAUUUCCAGGCAAACCUAUCCAAGGAAGGGCUUUCCACAACCAGAGAGCCACCACAGAGAAGGUCCUCUCUCUCAUAGCCACCUGCCCCCCCCCCCCCCAUUUGGUGAAAGCACCCAGAGAACAGCCACAAAAAACAAUAUUGAGGUCUAGAGAGGCGUAUCUCCUUCAAGCAAUCUUGCCCCGGGCCAGUUUUGGCCAUGCGAGCACUUUGAAGUAGGCCUGGAAAUGGACUAGAAGCCACUGCAGACAUCAAAAUACUGGUCUAAUACUUUGGUGUAGUCUCACAUGCAAUGCAUUGCAAUGAUCCAAACUAGAGAAUGCCAGAACAUGGAUAACGGUAGCAAGGCUAUUUUUGUCUGGAGUGGUUCCUACUAAUUUAUCUGCCUAACCUGAUGAGAAAUGCUCCAAGCCACAGAGGCUACCUAUGACUCUACGAAGAGCUGGAUCAAAUAUAGGGCUGCCAUACGUCCAGAUUUUCCUGGACAUUACCAGGAUUUCAAAGACAGAAUUGACACCCGGGGAAAUUUCCGAAAGGCGGCACUUUGUCCUGGAUCUUAGACGAGUCAAUUGAAAAAUCAUGUGGUGUUGUUUUGGUGUUUUUGUAAAAAGAAGCUCAACAACUUUGGGGGUGUCCUGGUUUUUACUUUUAGAAAUAUGGCAACCCUAAAAGGAGUCCGUACCCUAUAUGAACCUGGAAGUGCAACGUCUACAAAACAGAUUGAACACUACUCAGUUGUGCAAUGGAACUCACUCUCCCUCGCCUGGGUUGAAUCUCAGCUUAUUGGUACUGAUUCAUAAUACCCAUUGUUUCACCUACAUUUGUUCAGAAGGAGUGAAAGAACUGGGUGUCAUCCACAUAUUGGUGACAACCCAGAUCACUUGACUUAUAAAGGUAGAGGGUAAAUGACCCCCUGGAUGGUGAAGUCCAGUCAAAGGUGACUAUGGGGUGUGGCGCUCAUCUCACUUCAGGCUGAGGGAGACGAUGUUUGUCCACAGACAGCUUUCUGGGUCAUGUGGCCAGCAUGACUAAACCACUACUAGCGCACAGAAAUGCUGUUUACCUUUCCGCCGCAGUGGUACCUGUUUAUCUACUUGCACUGCCAUGCUUUUGAAUGGCUAGGUUGGCAGGAACUGGGACAGAGCAAUGGGAGCUUACCCUGUCAUGUGGAUUUGAACCAUCGGCUUUCCGAACGGCAAGCCCAAGAGACUCAGUGGUUUAGACCACAGCACCACCCGCGUCCCUUGUUAGCUAGAUGCAGUACAAUAUAGACUUCAGCUGGAAGUUGCUGGAACUCAGUUCUGGCACCUCUCAGGUGUGCGCCAUUGCCAGAGCCGGCGUAUAUCUUCCGGGUCAUGUGGCCAGCAUGACUAAGCCGCUUCUGGUGAACCAGAGCAGCGCACGGAAACGCUGUUUACCUUCCCGCCGGAGCGGUACCUAUUUAUCUACUUGCACUUUGACGUGCUUUCAAACUGCUAGGUUGGCAGGAGCAGGGACCGAACAAUGGGAGCUCACCCCGUCGCGGGGAUUCGAACCGCCGAACUUCUGAUCGGCAAGUCCUAGGCUCAGUGGCUUCACUGUAAGUAGUUUGCACCAAAAUAAAGCCUGUAAAACGCAGGUUGGAGUCCUGCCUGGUUACUCUCAAUCAACCGCAACAGCCACCUGACAAUAACAGAGGCUUUUUGGGAAAUCACUGUAGUGUGUAGUUUGAAGAUCAGGAGAUACUCAAAUAUUCAUUACAGAUACUCAUGCUCUAAUCCAAAAUGCACUGAAGCCAAUGGAAGAACUCCCACUGCCUUCAGCAGACCUUGGUAUAGACUCCCAAAUUAAUGACUCAAGCUGUGUAGCUGUCUUUUUCUGAGCCCCAGCUGGCUGAUGAAUGUACACACAGCCUAUGAAUGUACCAUCCCUGGAAAAUUUCACAUCUUGGAUGUUGUACAGGUGAAGAUUGCUUGACUUAUUUUGAUCAGAACCCACAAACUAUGUAGGAUAGCAUACCUAGCACAUCAGCUACCUAAGGUAGUUUAUGGAUUGCCAUCUUCUCAUCAAUUUAUUAUAUACAAAUUCCAAACUUUUUGUCUCUCACGCUGAUGGUACUUAAAGUCUAUGCGAUGUCCUUGACACAAAAUACCUGAAGGGAAGAAGAAAAUGCAUCUAAUAGUAACCUAAGUUUAGUAAGGCUUUGUACAAGGAAUUCCCUGAUGGAAGGACGUUGGAUCCUCAGCACCAGACCCUUGGCUCGUGUUUCCUUGGAAUACGUAUUGACAAUAUCAGCCAAAGAAAUCCAUUUAAAAGUCCUUCAGUGCAUUAGUUAAACAAAUUAUUGCUUUUAGAAUGCAACUGUUCACAAGACCCCAGAAACAUUCUCGACUCAUUAUGAAGACCGUGGGUAUUCCAAAGACUUGGUCACGUCCAAGCCGAACAGAAACAACACACUCUGUGAAGGAUACUUUUGAAAAGUGUUGAGAUAUUUUAGCUGGUACAGCAUGAUGCAGUUGACCAGAACCCAUGUUUGGAAUAACUUGUCCAUGUUGGCCAGUGGUCUCAUGAAAUAGGGUCUUCUUGGUGGUAGCACCUUGUCAGCAGAGCUCACUAGCCCAGGCAGUUCACUUAGUUUCCUCCCUGCUGAUUUUCAGAUGCUAAAACAAAACUAUACUCUCUCUCUCUCUCUCUCUCUCUCUCUCUCUCUCUCUCUCCUGUUUGUUUCAUGUUACCCACGGCUUCUAUGCUCUUUUAUCUGCUGUCAUUUUACUUUGCUCUUUAUUUAUAUGCUGUUUCUUAUUGUUUCAUUGUAUCAGUUAUAAUUGUGGUCUGUGCUGGAGGUCCUAUGUGUACAGGGGGAAAGGCAGGGUAUAAAUAUGUUGAUUAAUUGAUUAAUGGUAAGAUAUUAAAACAGGCACACCAUGGGAAUUACUCUGUAUAUGCGCAGCAUUUUCCGAAACAUGGAAAAGUGCUAAUUAUUUAUCUCUCUUUCCCCUUUGCUUCCCUUAUGAGUGCAUAAAAUUGGUGAGGGGUCCCUGUUGCCUGACCAUAUAUGCGAAACAAGAUAUACUAAUAGGUACAUGUAGUAUACAGACACUCUUGAUUGAUUGAUUGAUUGAUUGAUUGAAUGCCAACUUCCUUGCAUGCUUGCUUGUAUCUAUAUCUCACCUUUGUUCCAAGGAGCUGUCUCCAUAUUAUCCUCACAAUAACCCUGUGAUGUAGGAAAGGCCAAUUGUUGGUGGCUGACCCAAGGGAUCUACGUAGCUUCAUGACUGAGUGAGGAUUUGAACCCUGGUCUCCCAGUCUGAUACCUGAACCACUAUGCCAUCUUGGCACCACAUUCAUUUUGAAACGUAUGAAGCCAGCUUCAGUGUAGCAGGAUUGGGUUUUUUUUACAGGGGGACAAGCCGGGCAAAGUUACUCAUGCCCUACAUGUACGCUUGGGAAACAUGGACCACUUAUAAAUGCUAUCUCCAACUCCUUGAAAGAUUCCAUCAACAGUGUCUCUGAAAAAAUGUACACAUCACUUGGGAAGACAGGCGAACUAAUUCCAGUGUACUGGAAGAAGCAAAGAUCACCAGCGUCAAAGCAAUGAUUCUUCAACAUCACUUUCGUUGGACUGGUCAUGUUGUUUGGAUGCCUGAUUAUCCUCUUCCAAAGCAACUACGUACUCUAUUUCGAACUUAAAAAUGGAAAGCGUAAUGUUGGUGGUCAACAAAAGAGGUUUAAAGACUCUCUCAAGGCAAAUCUAAAAGAACGUAUAAACACCAACAACUGGGAAUCACUGGCCUGUGAGCACUCCAAUUGGAGAACGGCCUUUACCAAAAAUGUCAUGGAGUUUGAAGACACUCAAACUCAGGAUAAAAGGGAGAAACAAGCUAAGAAGAAGGCAUGUUUGGCAAACCCUCACCUUGAUCAACUCCCGCCUGGAAACCUAUGUCCCCACUGUGGAAGGAUGUGUGGAUCCAGAAUUGGCCUCCACAGUCACUUAUGGACUUGCUGUUAAGACUGUGUUCAUGGAAGACAAUUAACUCGGUUACGAGUGCUCGACAAAGAAGGAGGAGGAAACAUGGGAUGCCAUGUUAGUUAGCUGUUGGGCACAAAUCGCUGCAGCUGAUGCGAUUGGGCUACAAGAAAAUUUGCAGUUAUCUAUCUGGUCUUAACCACUGCAGUAGAAAAAUUUUAUUGUGGCAGUUAGCUAUAAUUCUCUUUGGGUUUAUUUCCUUUAUUGUGGAGGAGUGAAGAGUUUUGCCUGGAACUUUAAUGAAGGAACAACUUCCUGUUUGAUGCGAAUAGUAAUUUUGCUUUAGACUUUUAUUUGUCCUGAAAUAGAAGAAUAGAACAUGCUUUGAAAUUUUAGUACACGGGGCAGAAAUACAUUAAUUGGAACAUGCAGUGAUUCUUGCUUCCCAUUAAAUGGAUAAAGCCAUGGACUGCUCUCUUGUUAUCUGUAAUUGGUAAUUAGAAAAUCAUCCUUUUUAAUUACUCUUGACAGGUAUUGAUUGUGUGGUAUGGUAUAAUUAGUUGUCCUUGGGGAGUAUAUGCAGAAUAAAUCCACACAAAUAAUUGGUUUUGGUGUUUCUUAAAGCUCAAGUUCAAUAUUUCUAAUUAUCUUUGUGAGAAGCCUUCUGAUGUUUACUGUUUUCACAGCCUCUCUCUGCGUUCUGGCUACAUGUUUUCCAAAUAGGAAUAAGACACUCUUUGAACUAAAACACUUUGCAGCCUCACCAGCAAUAUAGUUAUAAUCGCUAAAGCUAAGUGGUAUAAUCACCAAAUGCUACGGCCACUGUAAUUUUUAAAAGUUUGGAAAACAAAUUAAAGGAUAUUUGUGGGGGCAGGGGGUGUUCAAGGAACUUAGAUAAAGUUCAAUUUAAUAAAUUAGAUAAAUUGACUUUUGUAAAUUUUUGUUUAUAGAAGUCAUGGAAUCAUAGAGGAUAUAAAAAAAAUUGCUAAACAGAGAAGUCCCAAUCCAUAAUGCACUGUGCUGGACAGAGGUUGGAUGGGGUGCAGGUAAUCCUCUGUCCAUCCCUUCCUGGACCCACCAGCUUCUGUCAGUGAAGGACCCCUGCCCCAUUGCACCCUCUGAAGUGGCUGGUGGGCAGAAGCUUCUGCUUGCAGCAUCCUUAGUAGUGAUAGCCAGCACAAAUCCCCCAAAAUAGGGUUCAGAGCUGAAUUGGCAGAGGAUCCACUGAAUUUCUUUCUUUCUUUCUUUUUUAAACGUUUAUUAAUUUUCCAAUAAGAACAUCCAAUUAACAUAUCAUAUCAAAUCAAAUCCAAUAAAAAUAAAAAAAUAAAAUAAAAAAGUCCAAUUGUCUUCCAAAUUGUAAUCUUGAUUUUUUUGACUUCCCACGGUCUGAAUUCCAAAGCAUUUUCCACAUCAUCAUAGUCCUGCCUCUUGUCGUCGGUGUUUUCAUAAUUCCACAUCACGAUUUUAGGAUCCACUGAAUUUCUGAGUGUCAUGUGACGGCAAAUUUUAAGGUUCUUUGCUAUGCUAGCGUAAGAUGUGGUGUAUUCAAGAGGCUCCCCCACCCCACUUCCCUCAAGGCCCUUGUGAGCAGCAGGGAUGAUAUGGUUGCGUUGUUCUUUCAAGCCCCAGGGAUUUGAAUUGCCCCUUAAGUUUUAUUUUUAUUUUUCUAAUUAUGUUUAUAUUGCACCUUCCCUUAAAGGAGCUCAAGUUGGCAAACAUGCAGUCCCACCCCCACUGUGCCUCUUUUUAUCUUCACAACAAUCCUUAUAUACCCAAAACCAUGUCAGAUACUCAGAUGACUCCGGGAUAACUAUACAGUGGCACCUCGGGUUAAGUACUUAAUUUGUUCCGGAGGUCUGUUCUUAACCUGAAACUGUUCUUAACCUGAAGCACCACUUUAGCUAAUGGGGCCUCCCACUGCUGCCGUGCUGCCGCCGCUCGAUUUCUGUUCUCAUCCUGAAGCAAAGUUCUUAACCCAAGGUACUAUUUCUGGGUUAGCGGAGUCUGUAACCUGAAGCGUAUGUAACCUGAAGCGUAUGUAACCCGCGGUACCACUGUAGUCAAUGAAGUUGUCUCACAAAAGAAACUGCCAAGAGCCAGUGCAGAACAGAGUGUGAACACAAUUGUUUACUUUGUUGUGCAAAGGGUGGCAGAUCUAUCCCAGUGGCCUCUUGUAUUUUUAAAGCUGAAAUUGCAUCCCAGAUUCUUUUUGGAGUACCUACUUGGUUUCCAUAUUUUAAAUCUCCCUCUAGGACAACUUCAGUCCUACUUUCUUCGAUUUGUAUUUGGCAAGCCUAGACGCACUGCUGCUCUUCAUUUGAAAGCUAUUCUGCCUGGUUUGGAUAUAGUCAGUUCACUCUCUCAGCUUCAUAGCUUUCUCCCAGCUCUUUUGUAUUCCAGGUCAUGACAGACUCUUGUCAGUCUGCCUGGAUGAAGGAACUGCUGCCAAAAAUGAAAAGGUUGCUUCGGUGUGGCUGUCUCCUUCUUACUGUUUAUGUGUAAACUGUGAGCAAGACAAAUGUAUGGUCAAACGCAGAUUAAUUGAUAUUUAUUUAUCUGUUUAUUAAAUUUCUGUGCCAUCCUUCAUCCAAGGAUCAUCAGGCAGUUUACAAUACAGUGGUACCUCGGGUUACAUACACUUCAGGUUACAUAUGCUUCAGGUUACAGACUCCGCUAACCCAGAAAUAGUGCUUCAGGUUAAGAACUUUGCUUCAGGAUGAGAACAGAAAUCGUGCUCCAGCAGUGCGACAGCAGCAGGAGGCCCCAUUAGCUAAAGUGGUGCUUCAGGUUAAGAACAGUUUCAGGUUAAGUACGGACCUCCGGAACGAAUUAAGUACUUAACCCGAGGUACCACUGUAUAAAAACACAAAAAAUACACAGCAUAGUGAUAAACAAACACCAACAACCCCCCUACCCUACAAUUUAAAGUGCCAUAGAUUGUUUAAAUCAUGGGAGAACAUACAAGUGUUGUAUUUUGUAACCCAGGGGCCUUGUCCCCUCCCCUGGUCACUACAUUUGCCAGUUUCCAUUUCUAAGAUUGGGGCCUCUGUUUAAACCUACUAUUUGUUCCUUACUGUAGGAAAGCUCCCCCACCCGCCCCGGACUGCUUUAAAGCCUGAGCCUCAAAACUUGUAGAGGGCAGAUGAAACAAAGCUCCAGUAAAUAGCAGGUGCUGCCUUUGUAAUAAAAAAGAAGUGGAGUCAGUGUUGCACGUUCUUUUCAAAUGUGGCUUUUAUCAGGGGCCAAGGGAAACUCUGAUAUACCCCAUUACACAGUUCUUUCCAGGACAAUCUUUAGAUCAUGGGUAGGCAAACUAAGGCCCGGGGGCCAGAUCCGGCCCAAUCGCCUUCCAAAUCUGGCCUGCGGACGGUCCAGGAAUCAGCGUGUUUUUACAUGAGUAGAAUGUGUGCUUUUAUUUAAAAUGCACCUUUGGGUUAUUUGUGGGGCAUAGGAAUUCGUUCAUUCCCCCCCCCCCCUGAAAAAAAUAUAUAGUCCGGCCCACCACAAGGUCUGAGGGACAGUGGACCGGCCCCCUGAUGAAAAGCUUUGCUGACCCCUGCUUUUGCAGGAAUAAAUCCCAGAGUUUCUUUUUUUUCAAAUUUUAAAAAAGAAAACAUAUUUUUUUAAUAUACACAUAUACAUAUACAGUGGUACCUCAGGUUACAUAUGCUUCAGGUUACAUACGCUUCAGGUUAGAGACUCCGCUAACCCAGAAAUAGUACCUUGGGUUAAGAGCUUUGGUUCAGGAUGAGAACAGAAAUUGUGCUCUGGUGGCGCGGCGGCAGCAGGAGGCCCCAUUAGCUAAAGUGGUGCUUCAGGUUAAGAACAGUUUCAGGUUAAGUACGGACCUCCGGAACGAAUUAAGUACUUAACCCGAGGUACCACUGUAAAUGCUGGAGUUAUGAACAUGCAUAUAGGGAUAGCCCUUCUGCAACUUACAAAGUACUUAACCCGAGGUACCACUGUACACACAGAAAUAUACACUUAAUUUCACAAAACCAUAGUCAUAUCAAAACCUUUAUGGGGUUCCCUUCACCCCAGGACUUCCUCCCACCCCUCCCUUGGAUUCCAAAGUACUUCCCCUUUUAACUGCCUCUAAUUAUCUAAAUUUGUUAUACUCCAUUUUUAUCUUUGUUAAUUUAAAUUACAAGUGUUAUGUGAAUCCUGCUAAUGUUUUUAAGCUCUUACAGAGUUUCAAUGUCCCAGUAUUCAUGCUUGUUUUGUCAACCAGGAUUCUCCUCCCAUUUCUUGAAUGUUUUAAACAACAGACUGUUGUUAACUGAAAGUGCGGUCCUGUACAUGUCUACCUGUAAGUAGACAUAUACACUCAAUUUAUUAAGUGGGCAUAGGAUUGUAGGCUGAGUCCCAUAAAGGUUGUAAAAGCAAUAGUAUCUUUUCAGAAAGCAUAAACAUUUUCAUAUUCAUUCCUGUGAAACAGGUAUUGGCAUUUUAUUUUAUUUUAUUUUUUUCAAAUGUCUAUUCACGUACCCAGGUUUACAUACGAAAUUGCACCUGUUUUUGUCCUCAUGGAACAAAUCACGCUUCGAAAAAUGAGAGAGAUUAUCGGAUGGUCAAAUAAAGAUGGAGAUGGAAUAUUCUCACCGGGUAAGUUUCAUUUUUGACAUGUUGCCCUAAAUGCCAAGUUGUCGGUUAAGGCUGGAAAAAGACAACUAGCUGCUGAGCAUGUAUGCUUUUAACUGUAUGCUGGACCUAAUGGUCAGGGGUCCAUUUACCUUUAUUACUGUUAUGUACUGAAGUUCUCACCCUGGGCCAGCAGGGGGAUACUGUAGAUAGUUCAGGUCCACAUAUGCAAAUAAGGGAUCGAAAGUGACGUUCAGUGAUUGGAUAGUUACAGAAAAUGGUUCCUGUUGCGUUGUAGUGGAGCUCUGUAUAAGCAGGCUGGCUGAACCCUUCAGUUCAGUUCUGUUCUGGCCUGUGAAUAAACAAGAGCUGUUUGAGGAAUCGCUGUGUCGUCUGAUAUGUUCACCCACAACUUAACAAUUACUUUGUUUAAAAACAGCAUUAAAAGCAUCAGUUACUAUCUGCUAGGCCAUUUUAAGAGGAUCAAUUAAAAACAACAAUUGGUCCUACCAUUGGGCAGAGUGAGGCAGCAGGCUAACUUAGGGGGUCGAGGGAAGACCACAAACAACUCUGUUGCAUCACAGCUCUAAAUUCCGCCAUGCCUGUAUGAAAUGUACACAACACAUUUCACCAGCUAUGCUUUUCUGCCUCCAUUCGCAAUACCAAACUUUUCCCGCCCUCCCUCUUAUCUCUUUUCUAACAUUCUAUUAUUAUGUUCUCUUGUUACAGGUGGUGCUAUAUCCAACAUGUAUAGCAUCAUGGCUGCCCGCUACAAAUAUUUCCCAGAAGUCAAAACCAAAGGCAUGUCUGCAGUGCCUAAACUGGUCCUCUUUACCUCAGAACAUGUGAGCUCAACAAGCUUAAUUAACUGUUGUUACUGCAAUUGUUGGGGAGGGGGGCUAAGGAAGAUGCCAUUCCAUCACCAUCAGCCCAAUUCUGAAGGGGUACGACUGCCUGAUUUCAACAUCACCCAUUGCAUAUUUUGGGGUGGUCCUAAAACUGUCACAGAAAAUGACCUCCAACUACUUAGAUGGAGGUUCUGUUGAACAGGAGGAUGGUUGGUCCUCUGAGGAUGCUGUUGUUUAGAGUUGGUUCUAGCCACCAUCUCUGUCACUAAGCUCACUUUGGAGGCAGUAUGCCUGGCAUGGCUGCCACACGGAAGUGGGUUUUACAUUCCCCCCCACCUGCAAAUGUCUCAUUGUGACAAAACCGCUCGCCGCACUCUGACAGAGAUUUUCCUCAAACCAGACUGUAGCGCAGUGUUGGGGACAAGGAGGCUGUAAGGAAGACAAAAGAUGUCUUAUUUACUUGGCAGCAUUUGAUGUGGUUGCUUGUGAUACCUCACGUUACCCACAAAGCUCAGUCACCCCAAAUAUCUUUUAAUUUGUCUUAGAGCAUGGGUAGGCAAACUAACGCCCGGGGGCCGGAAGCGACCCAAUCGCCUUCUCAAUCCGGCCUGCGGACAGUCCAGGAAUCAGCAUGUUUUUACAUGAGUAGAAUGUGUCCUUUUAUGUAAAAUGAUUCUCUAGGUUGUUUGUGGAGCACGGGAAUACGUUCAUUUUUUUCCUUCAGAAUAUAGUCCGGCCCUCCACAAGGUCUGAGGGACAGUGGACCGGCCCCCUGCUGAAAAAGUUUGCUGACCCCUGUUUAGAGCUUACCAUGUCCUCAACUAAUUAACACUUCCCCUGCCCCCUUUUGAAGCAUUCAUAGUAAUGUUACAUAACGAAUAAAGUGCCUGUGCGUGUGUACAAAGUGCCUGUCCGCACAGAAUCAAGGAACAGAAUCUCCCACCCCACAGAUCUGAUUCCUGGUAUCUACAGUGGUACCUCAGUUUACAAACUUAAUCCAUUCUGGAAGUCUGUUCUUAAACCGAAACCUUUCUUAAACCAAGGUGCACUUUCCCUAAUGAGGCCUCCCGCCACCGGUGCCCUUCCACCGUUCGGCUUCCAUUCUUAGACCGAGGUAAAGUUCUCAAACCGGGACACUACUUCUGGUUUUGCGGAGUUUGUAAACCGAAUAGUUCGUAAACAUGGCUGUUCUUAAACCAAGGUACCACUGUAUCUCUCUUUUUAAUCUUUAGGCACUGCUCCUACCUUUCUGCAUAGCAAGCUGGGGGACCUAGUUGUAAUAAUAUUUUGGGUUGCUUUUUCUCUUCCUUUUUUAUUUUAUUUUUUGGAAUGUUUAGAGCUUAUAGCUUGCUGUGGUGCUCCUAAAUCAUGUCUGACCCUUAUUUCAGCACUUAUUCCAGACCAUUCCCACUGACUUUUACCUCUGCAUUCAAACUGCUUCCUAUAAAUCAGGGGUUGGCAAAGUUUUUGUGGCUUGGGCCGGUUCAGGGUCCCACAGGCGCCGCAGUGGGCCGGAGUGUCUGCACGCACAAGCACACAUGCGCAAAUAUUGUUUCCAGCGCUCCUUCCAACAUGGAGGAGGCUUGCGCAGCUUCCCAUUGGCUGCAGGAGCUUCCUGCAGCCAAUGAGAAGCCAGCCAGCGUCACAGAAGACGGUCUCCGCUCUGCUCCACGCCGGUUUAGUGCAUCACAUGGGAGCCGACCAAGCAGGCGGCGAGGGUCCAUGGGCUGGUUAAACGACCCCCAUGGGCCGCUUGUGGCCCAUGGGCCCUAGGUUGCCGACUCCUGCUCUAAAUGGUUGGUUUGUGCCUGGAAGCAGCUGCCACAGAAAAGUAUAUAACAGCCUUUUUUUUGUAUGUGGCACUUGCAAUGAGCGGCUAGGGCAUCUCCUGCUGGCAACCGUUGCUACUACACAACUAAACUUGACUUCAUUUUCUUUCAUUCCUUUCUAAAAGGACUGACGAGUUUUUGUCGCUGUUGUUUUUGCAGAGUCACUACUCAAUAAAGAAAGCUGGAGCUGCGCUUGGUUUUGGAACAGAAAAUGUGAUUUUAAUAAAGUGCAACGAAAGGUCUGCUCCCAUAGCAAACUAGCUGUAUUGAGUUUGUUUGUUUUUUGUACUGUGCAACAAGAUGCUAAUGUUGUUACUAAUUAGAUCAGUUUAAUUAAUUAAACUAUGGUUAGUGUUCACUUCUAUUUGGUCUUUAUUCAUUUGUUUAAAAAUAUUCUUUGUUUUUGUCUUUCACGUUGACUGCAGAGGCAAAAUAAUACCAGCUGAUUUGGAAGCCAAAAUUCUGGAAGCCAAACAAAAGGUAACCCUGACGUUUGUUUUUUAGGGGGGAAAACUGAAUAUAUUUCCUAGUUAGAUGAACAUAAGUAACAUACAUUUUGUCUUCUACAUAAAUGCAUACCACACAGUGUAAGGCAAGCUAAGGAAGAAAUAAUAAACUAAUUUACAGUGCAAUACUAACCCUUUGCUGCUGGAGUUCCACUACCCCCCCAGGCCCCCAGCAAGGGGAGAAACUUAUUAUCCACUGGUGAUUGCAAAUGGACUUUUGGGGGAACCAAUGAAAGAAGGUGUGACAGUUAAAAAAUAUGCAUGGCAGAAAAGUUAAUGAAAGGACUUCUAAUCAGUUGCAAUAACUGAAGUUAGCUUCGGUUUCCAACAUUUUUGUUUCCUCAUGAACUUUAUCCUCUGUCUUACCUCAUAGGGAUAUGUCCCCCUUUAUGUGAAUGCAACUGCUGGCACAACAGUUUAUGGGGCCUUUGAUCCAAUUCAGGAGAUGGCGGACAUUUGCGAUAAAUACAACCUUUGGCUCCAUGUGGACGUGAGUAAGACGAGCUGCAAUCCUAUGCACACACACACUUGCCAAAGAAUAAAAUCUCACUGAAAGCAGGAGGACUCACAAAUCAUGUCCUCACCACGGAGGGCACGUGUUGCAGUGAGACUGGCCUCGCUGUUUGUGUGGGUGGGAUCGUUUGGAUAGCUACAACAACCCGAUUGGGUCCCUCGGUUGCUGGGGCAAUUCUGGCCAAUGGGUUGCUGGGGCAUUUCUGGCUGUUGGGGCAGGGGCCCGGUAGAAAUUUUCCCAUUCGGCUGAUUGGCUGGUGCCACUUGGGUUCCGCCUGCCCCGUAGCAAAUCAUCACAACUUUGUAAGGUUUGGCGGUUAGGCAUUGGUUCAAAGUGUGGUGGAGGGAAGGUUGUCACACCCGCCCCUCCCAAUGUGCGAUAGGGUAUUCUGUUAAAGGAAUCCAGGGGCUCGCCAUGCUUUUGUCCAAUCCCCUUCCAGGAUUUCAGGCCACCCCAGAGCACCUGGGAGCAUUUUGGGGUGAGGUUGUGUCUGUGGUAGGACCAGUGCUUCCCCCAGUCUGUUUACCUUUACUGACUUCUGUCGGUGCCCAAUUAUCAGUGCUGCCCCGCCAGAGGUGUAGGUGCAGCUAGUCAAACCAAUGCCUAAGCAAACCACUCACAUUCUGUAAUCAGUAAAGUUGUGGCCAAAAUUAUGUCCAAUAACCUUAAACUAAUAUUGGUGUCGACUGUGUCUUUCUUUGAGAGGUCUUGGGGGUCUUUACAUGCAACACUUCUGAAUAAACACACAUUCAGGAUUGCACUGCGAAUAUUGGUUUUUUUACCAUUUUCAAGUGGAAAAGAGGAUCCUCCUAGCAACUCUGCUUGUUAGUGUUUGUAUUGUAGUAACACGCGGCCACUUCUUGUGUGAAAGUGCAAAAUUAAGAAGAGCGCCUGUUUGCGAAAUCAUGAACGUUUUCAUCAGAAAUUUAGUGCCCAGAGUUUUGACAGUAUUGAUCCUUUUGCUAACUGUGGAGUGUCAGAUACUUGAAGGUUCCUCCUAAGCCUUUGAACUUUCUUCCAUCACUUUCAGGCUGCCUGGGGCGGAGGAUUGCUAAUGUCCAGGAAGCAUCGUCAUAAGCUGAGUGGCAUAGAAAGGUAUUGAAUCAUUCUCAUUUGCAUGUUUAUUUAGUUAGAAACUUCUCCAUGGUACAUAUGCCAUUUUGCAAAGACCUAGAGAAGAUAAACCCCUAUCUCAAAAAUAUUAUGGAAUUUUUAAAAAGAGCAAUUGACAAGAAUAUAAAAGGUCCAAUGUGAGGGGGGAAUAUUCCAUGUGUCCAUGUAGAACAGAAGCAGUUUUAUGCAAAAUAGAAUUUUCAUGUCAGUGUAAGUUUCACAUUUACAUUACAUACCAGAAUGAAACAAGAGAGACUUCGUGCCUGUCUUGCCAAAUGCAAGGUGGUUCUUUUAACAUGAGAGUCAGAAGUAAUACAAAACACAAGUGAGUGAGAAGAUUAAAGAUUUUAUUCAAAACAGCAAGCGAUAUAUACAUACCAAGCAAGCACUUCCAUCUGCCACUUGGAAGCUCUCAAGAAGCGGCAAAGUGACUCCCCCAGGUAGCCUCAGUUUGCAGGGCCCUGCGGCCGAUCAGUCUGUGCACGAGCUUCUCCAAAACUCUGUCCACAACCAUCCGAUUCACCUCAUGAGGAGAAAAGACUCCCUGGAAAAGACCCUGAUGUUGGGAAAGAUUGAGGGCACAAGGAGAAGGGGAUGGCAGAGGACGAGAUGGUUGGACAGUGUUCUCAAAGCUACUAACAAGGGUUUGACCAAACUGGGAGAGGAGGUGGAAGACAGAAGUGCUUGGCGUGCUCUGGUCCAUGGGGUCAUGAAGAGUCGGACGUGACUAAAAGACUAAACAACAACAAGCCUGUGUGGCUUGCCCGACUGGCUACGCAGAUCGUUCAUUACUGGCUAUUUGCAGAUUAUUCAUUAGCCACCUCCUCCCAAUGCCUCACUUUCUCAAAACAAUGUUCAGCAUCAAAGAAGGUACCUAGCACUAUCGCUUCCUCCCAACUGAUUAGGACAUUAAAGGCUGUUCUCAUGCCAUCAAAUAACUUAACAAGAGAUAAGAAGGGGAAGGAACAGAGGCAAGUAGGGCAACCAUGUUAGAUCACUAACUCCUCGAUAUACAAUUUAUCUUCCAGAUAGAUUGCCCAUACAAUGUCUCAUGAGUGAGAUGCUUUGGGACAAAAAUUAGCAAGACCUUUUGUCUGCAUCAGCUGUUAGCUUUGUGUCACUUCACAGUCACACUCUCUGUGAACUGCGCUCAGCUUGUGGCCUACUUUCCACCCUGGUCAAGGCUGGAGUUGUCAUCAGUAAUUGGCAAUAACUGGCCCCAGUGGUUUUGCUAUUUAUUAUAUUUUUGCAUUAAUCGACUGCAUUAAUCUGUGUGCGUUGGGAAGGGAACACACUCUCUAACUAGAGUUGCCACAGGCAACACUUGCCAAUUUUGGAAAGACCAACAACAUGCUCACAAACAAUAUGUGCCAAUAAUGGUGAAUCACAGAAUUGUAGAGUUGGAAGGGACCCCAAGGGUCAUCUAGUCCAAACUCUUGCAAUGCAGGAAUCUCAGCUGGAUCAUGCAUGACUGAUGGCCACCCAACCUCUGCUUAAAAACUUCCAAGGAAGGAAAGUCCAUCACCUUUCAUGUGAGUCUUUUCCACUGUCGAACAGCUCUUACUGUCAGAAAGUUCUUCCUGAUGUUUAGUAGGAAUCUCCUUUCUUGUACCUUGAAUUCAUUGGUUCAAGUCCUCCCCUCUGGAGCAGCAGAAAACAAUCUUGCUCCAUCCUCCAUAUGACAUCCCUUUAGAUAUUAGAAGAUGGCUAUCAUAGUCUCCUCUUUACCAGGCUAAACAUACCCAAUUCCCUCAAGCGUUCCUCAUAAGGCUUGGUUUCCAGACCCUUGAUCAUCUUGGUCACCGAAGCAGUCCCACUGUUGUACACUUUUAAUGCCCUGGUCAUUGCAUGAGAUUAAUAUCUUUAACAGGCUGGAUCUACAGAACUGAAGGGUCAUAAUGUCAGCUUUCUCACAGAAGCUGUUAUAUUUGGACAACAUUCUCUGCACCUUGUAGUUUAUUUAGAGCAGGAAUCGGCAGAGUCCAGACUUGUGGGAACGACUUAACCUUACCAUAUCCCUGAGACCCACCAAUUUGUGUGAUGUGCUUGCAUAGUAGCUUAGUGGGGGCAGGCAUAAACUCAAAUCUAAAGAAGGACACCAAGUAUAUCCGAACACAUGACCAAAUCUCUCCCAAAUUUUCUUCAUUUCAACAGCCAGAAAAAGAGGUGAAGAGAGACACCGUUGGUAUUGUUAAUCUACUGGAGGUCAGAAACCUUUGCUGAUCUACUGCUAGUCUCUCAGGGAACUGGUCUACCACUCAUUCUUGAUCCACCUUUUGCCCAUUGCUGAUUUUCUAGAGAGGAGAUUUUGCAUAUCACUUGCUAGCACAUCUUAGUGAUAAUGUGGGGAUUACGUAUCUCAGGAAAUUUCAAACACCAGCCCAUGUCAACAACUGUAUUUUUAAAAGGGGGGGGGGACAAUUAGUGGGAAAUGAAUAUCCUGUUUGCCUAAACUUAUAGAAAUUCUUACUUCUGUUUCUAGAAAGUGGCUCUUUCAGGAAUGAAGUUACAGUAUCAGCUAAUCAGCAUAGACUUGACAGUAAUUAAUUACCAUUCAUUACGCUAUCAGCUUCUUAGUAUUCUCUCUUUACUAGUAACAUUAAUUCCGAAAGGACAGCUUCCCUUAGUGCAAUUCCAACCUUUGGCUGCAAUGCUUGCCCCACAGAAUAAGACUAUUGGCAAUUUUUGUCAUCUUGUAUUCCUAGUAUAGACCAUUCUCACCUUAUUAGUCCUGGUGGUGCAGGGUCUUGACAUCGGAGUGAGGGAAAAUAUGCUACAAACUGCAUAUUGCAGAUAGGAGAUGUAUUUGUAAGGCCAGGAGAUAUUUUGCCCCAACUAUCUCAAAGAGUAAGUAAGUCCCACUGGGAUCCAGACUUUGGGAAAUGGCCCUGCUCUGGAUCCAGCAAGGCUAAAUCAAUUACUACAUUAAUUCUAAGCACAUUCUUUUCUUUUUGUAGAGCCAACUCUGUCACAUGGAAUCCACACAAGAUGAUGGGGGUUUUAUUACAAUGUUCUGCCAUUCUUCUUCGGGAAAAGGUUUGCUUGCAUGUUGAUUUCUUUUUAAAUGGUACAGAGCAAACACAAAUAUGUUCUGUUUCUACCUUUACAGCUUGUCCCAAAGAAUCCUGGGAGCUGUAGUUUGCUGAGGACUCUGUGAGAGAUCUCCCAAAGAACUACAAAUCCUUAGGAUUUCCUGGAGGAAAAAGCAUGAUUACUAAACCAAUUUAAGUCUGUGGUUGUUAUAGCUACAAGGCCAAAGACUUUCACUCUUCUCACCUUUCUAUUGGACUUAUUCAGUGCUAUUUUUAUAGAAAAAGAGGUGCCAGAACUCACCAUGAUCACCUCCCUCAUUCAAUGGCACCCACCUGAGAAGUGCCAGAACGGAGUUCCACCGACUUCGGGCUGAAAAAAAAGCUCUUGAUUUAUUUGUUUAGAGUAUUUUUAUUCCGACCCUUCAACAAGGUUUCCGGGUGGCAUUGGCAUGCCACACCUGUAGUCUUGGUGGCACCUAGAGUGCCUUAUGUUGGUGUAGGUACAACUGGUUCCUAUGCCUGCCAAAUGGGAUUUGGUGAUUCCACUGUGUUUUCUUGCCUACUAAAAACUCCACUAUAAAGGAUAACCGAGGAACAUCAAAUAAGUAGAGUUGUCUAGUGUAACUGAGUCCACAGUAGUCAAUGUGCUUUUAAGGGGCUCCAUACAUUAACUGUGCCACAUUUUACACCCACCAUUCACCUCUUCUCUGCCAUGUUGAAGAUCUCCCGAUGUCACAAGGACGUUGCUACGCCAUUGUAAUAUUUUACGUUGGCGCAGUGUUGGAUUUUGCUGGUGUGGAGGGCUUUAAGGGUGAGUUUAUCCUGUCCGGAUGAUGUAACUCAUGGAUAGGAAGAUCACUGUUAGUCGCUGCCAUGGGUAUUUGUAGCUACAUGCUUAAUAGUCACAAAACUGGUCCGAGAUCCAGGAGAACUAAUAAUAUGCAUGCAAAAAAGACUGCAUGGGCAGCAGAUGCUGCUUUCUGUUUUGCAGCCGUGAGCAGGCCAUGCAAUGAGGGGAGUUGCUGAAGUGAGAAAGUGACAUACGUUCUGUGCAUGCGGCACACUAUAUUUUAUCUACUGCUUGAUUUCUUAUAUUUGAAGAGGGUGUUUUCCUAACAGGGCAUACUUCAAGGUUGCAACCAGAUGUGUGCAGGAUAUCUGUUCCAGCAAGACAAGCAAUACGAUAUAACUUAUGACACUGGGGAUAAAGCAAUACAGUGUGGUCGCCAUGUGGACAUAUUCAAAUUCUGGUUGAUGUGGAAAGCCAAGGUAAGCAAUAAAAUGUCAGAAAAAUGCACAUCAGUUUUAUGUGAGAAGAUAGUUCAACUAAGUCCAGAAUGCGGCGGCUAGUCUGGUGACUGGAAGCGGCCGCUGAGACCAUAUAACACCAGUCCUGAAAGACCUACAUUGGCUUCCAGUACGUUUCCAAGCACAAUUCAAAGUGUUGGUGCUGACCUUGAAAGCCCUAAAUGGCCUCGGCCCUGUAUACCUGAAAGAGCGUCUCCACCCCCAUCAUUCAACCCGGGACACUGAGGUCCAGCUCCAAGGGCCUUCUGGUGGUUCCCUCACUGCGAGAAGUGAAGCUGCAGGGAACCAGGCAGAGGGCCUUCUCGGUAGUGUUGCCGCCUUGUGGAACACCCUCCCAUUAGAUGUCAAGGAAAUAAACAACUAUCUGACUUUUAGAAGACAUCUGAAGGCAGCCCUGUUUAGGGAAGUUUUUAAUGUUUGGUGUUUUAUCGUAUUUUUAAUAUUCUGUUGGGAGCCGCCCAGAGUGGGCGGGGUAUAAAUAAUAAAAUUAUUAUUAUUAUUAUUAUUAUUAUUAUUAUUAUUAUUAUUAUUAAUCACUGUAGCCUUAAGUUCCCAGAAAUCCAAAUCUGUUAGUCCCAAAUGUUUAUAUCUUCACAGAUGGGGGAGAAAGGAGUUUUUGGAAACUUUUAGCAAAACCACAUUCCUUUCCACAAAAUUGUUUUUGGAUAGACUUAUCCCCAGAACCCUAACUUCUCCCAAUACAGAUUUUGGCAAUUGCUUAAUAGAAUGCUUACAAGAAUUUAAUUUUUAUCUGGUCAUGUUUAUUAUUCAUUUGUGUACAAUUUUGUAACAGGAAUAUAAAACAACAAAAGAAUGCUUAUAAGUAAAGGCAUUUAAACUAAUGGUUCUUUUUGUUCAAGUAAAACUAAAUAUAUGUGUAUAUGCUUGUAAGUCUAUUUUCAAAACCUGUAUUUCUUUUAAAAAAGGAAUAUAUUGAAAAUUCAGGUCUGCUUGAAGGACAUGUUAUUUAUAGUUCAUUUUUUAAAGAUUCUUAUUUCACACAGGCUAGAAAACAUGGUGCAAUUUGUAAAAUUAAAUAGUGGAUUCAAAAUUUAAAAAUUACAGAGACCCUAAAGAUGAAGAUAUACAACUUCAAAAUUUCAAAAGAAUAUUCCAUAGUUUAGCAACCUUCAGAAUUUAAAAGAAUAACAUGGAAAAUAAAUAUAGUUGAAGACAAAUAUUUUAUACUCAAAGCUAACCAGAGCAAAUAUGUGCAAGGAAGAGUACAGAACUGAAAUUUAAAAAUGUUUUUUCUUUUUUUCAAAACAGGGUACAGUGGGAUUCGAAAGUCAGAUCAACAAAUGUCUUGAAUUAGCAGAAUACCUCUAUAAUAAAAUUAAGAACAGAGAGGAGUUUGAGAUGGUGUUCGAAGGAGAGGUAAGCAAUGGGCCACAAACUACUUUCAAUUAAAAAUGGGCAUUUGGGGAAUAGAAAAUGCACCAUCCAGCCCAGAGUUAAGUACUUUAAAGCCAGUGUUAUUUUCAAUGGGGGAUAUUUAACUACAUGUUUGACUCACCAAAUGAAGUCAAUGGGGUGUAAAAGUGCUGAACUUUGGUUGGCUCACGGCAGGCCCCAGGUUUUCGUGCAGCCUUUGCCAACGAAAGCCUUGAAAUGUAAUUCCCCACCCCAACCCCAGUUUCAGCUAACUGGGCAAAUGGUCACUUGUUUUUCUUUGUUUGUUUGUUUGCUUGCUUGCUUGCAUUUAAAGGACAAAACUGCAGUAUAAGUACUUAGCUGCAACUAGAACUGUACGAUGCUUGCAUGUAGGCUCUAUUUGGCUCUGUGGACACAUUUGAAAACUGGAGAAACUGUUGUAGACACACACACAGUGCUGGAUUUACGUAUAAGCUAAACAAGCUAUAGGGACACGGGUGGUGCUGUGGGUUAAACCACAGAGCCUAGGACUUGCCGAUCAGAAAGUCAGCGGUUCGAAUCCCUGUGAUGGGGUGAGCUCCUGUUGCUCAGUCCCUGCUCCUGCCAACCUAGCAGUUCGAAAGCACGUCAAAGUGCAAGUAGAUAAAAAGGCACCACUCCGGCGGAAAGGUAAACAGCGUUUCUGUGCGCUGCUCUGGUUCACCAGAAGCAGCUUAGUCAUGCUGGCCACAUGACCCGGAAGCUGUACGCCGGCUCCCUCGGCCAAUAAAGUGAGAUGAGCGCCGCAACCCCAGAGUUGGUCACGAGUGGACCUAAUGGUCAGGGGUCCCUUUACCUUUACCUAAACAAGCUAUAGCUUAGGGCCGCACUCUCUUGGGGGCCCCAAAAAAUAUUAAAGGGGAAAAAACUGGAUGUACAUUUCCAAAAUAUAAGAUAAAAAACAAAUAAAAUAAAACCUACAUACAGCAACAGUGUUGUGUGUUGUGUAGGCUCCUAUGAUGUAAGUAAUAGGCCCCGCCUGCUAGCCUGCUCCCUAAAAUAUCACUGCUUUGCUCAUUUCUAUAUAUAGGGUGCCUACAUUCUGCAUGGACUGGUUGCAUGGCAACGUGUAGCAUGCAUCUAAUGUGUUUGCAUUAUUAAGUUUGUUAUGAAUAAAAAAUCAUUUUAAGUUAGAGCUUAAUAAUUAUUUCACUAUUAAUAUACUUCUUCUUAAUUGUAUUUCAUUGUUAAUAUACUUCUUCUUAACUGUAUUUCAGUUCAACAAUUACUUUGAUAAAAUACAUAUUUUGUUAUGUGCAAAUGGCUGUAGAUACCUGUUAGGUCCAUAAAUUACCAUAUAGCAUAUAUUCAACACAAAAACAGUGACAAUUUGUUGUUGACAAAGGACAGCUGGAUAUAAAAAGGGCCCCAUUACCUUCAGUAGCUUAGGGCUUCAACAAACCUAAAUCUGGCCCUGUAUACACACACACACACACACACACACACACACAUACAUACAAACACACACCCCACAACCUGCUCUGUUGUCAAUAACAGAAGGCUUCUUUCAAGCCUAAUUCCAGCAGGCAGAGAAGAUAUUGCAGAUGCCAUAGAAGGCAGGUAGCAUGUUGGUGACCCCUAUGUACAAGCCAGCAAUCCAAAAACCAUGGAACCAGUUCCAUGAGCCCAAGAAGGAUUUUAUGCUUCCUUUUGCUGAAUAAUAGCACACCACACCACAUGACAAAACGCUUUUUAAAUUGGUGUUGGCGGCGAAUCAGUUUGCAAUAUGGGUAGGGCUCAGCUGUAAACAACUGGAACGUGACAGAGAACGUAUAUUGGAAAAUAUAGGAGCUGCUACUAAAUGAACAUAGGGAUAUGUGGAAUUUCAGCAUCGUUGCAAUGCUCAAACCUCAAGCAGUAGCGGGCAGCAUGGUGGUGGUCAAGCACUUACCUGACUACCUGGCACGUGAGUCGUUGCUGCUUACAGGGAGCCGUGAGGCAGCAGGGUGCAGGGCAAAUGCAAUCGCUCCCAGUAAGCCAGUGAUUCACCACCGGGAGGUCUGCCCCACUGCACUAUCCACUACUGAUCUGGAGUCACUUUUGGGUGGGCUUUAUGCACCACCACAAACAGUUAACAAAGAAGUAUUGCCCGUUCAAAAGACCAUUGGAGAGUAUUCCACGGAGGCAGGAAUCCUGCGCUUCUUCCUGCAAAGCCACCGAAUAGGAAAGUUCAAAGUGUGAAAAUCCACUGGGCUUUUGUAAGCACUUUCUCUGGAUUUCCCUUCCCCUCUUUCGCCUCAGAAGAUAUUUUGAUGUGCCACAAGUUGAACGAAUGGCACUGGCAACUAAAGGCCACGCUUCCCUAGGAAGAUAAGGCUCAUAAACUGAUUGGCAACCCUAAAGUAAUCUGCUCUUAGCUGAGAUUCCACGCUUCAUUUUCUGCUCUGCAAAGGUUGCUACUUUUGUUAAUUCUGCUACUGGUGCUUUCUGAUGGUUUCACUUCAUAAACUUUGGCUGAUUGGACACUUGAGUGUGCUCCAGUUCCUUAUUUAACUUAAAAAACCCCGAUUCUCUGUCUUUUAACAGGAGAGAGUGCCUUUCUGUAUAUACUGAGGAUUUUGCUGGCACAGGAGUGAUGGGAGGGAGGGAAUGUGUUCUCAUCCACUUAGUCCUAAAUGGGCUGUUUGUAUUCCAUAUUCAUUAUGAACUAAUGUAAAAAAAGAUCUGGAGAGAGAGAGUCUUAAGAUGGUAGCUACAUACAGAAUUGCAUCUAUUGGCUGGUGCUAUUUAUUAACAAGCAAAAUUUCCAGUUGUGGUUGAGAGGAGGUUCCUUUCACAGUGAUGACUUACAACAGCUCCUGAUCCAAGCUUCCCUAUUCCUCGCUUGCAUGCUCAGCCAAACUCCCAAUCCUAAAUUUCCUAAACUUUGGGGAGCAGGGGGUAACAUUGGGGUACAUCACCCAAAGUGUUUGGUGUGUGGUGAGAUUUUUUUUUAAAAAAAUGAAAUCUGAAUUUUUGUGUUAGUAUUUUAUUUACCUACAAUUUUGAUGAGUUUGCUUUGUUUCGUUUCUGUCUUUAUAGCCUGAACACACAAAUGUUUGCUUCUGGUACAUUCCACCAAGUCUCAGAGGGAUCCCAGACUCAGAGGAGAGGAGAGAAAAGCUACAUAGGGUAAUCGUAUCUAUUUUAAUUACUCCUAAGCUUUUCAGAGGGACGCGGGUGGCACUGUGGUCUAAACCAUAGAGCCUAUGGCUUGCCAAUCAGAAGGUUGGUGGUUCGAAUCCCCGCAACGGGAUGAGCUCCCGUUGCUCGGUCCCUGCUCUUGCCAACCUAGCAGUUCGAAAGCACGUCAAAGUGCAAGUAGAUAAAUAGGUACCACUCCGGUGGGAAGGUAAAUGGUGUUUCCAUGUGCUGCUCUGGUUCUCCAGAAGCGGCUUAGUCAUGCUGGCCACAUGACCUGGAAGCUGUAUGCCAGCUCCAUUGGCCUAUAAAGCGAGAUGAGUGCCGCAACCCCAGAGCCAUCCGCAACUGGACCUAACGGUCAGGGGUCCCUUUACCUUUACCUUUAAGCAUUUCAGGGCAAGCCCCCACAGUAAAACAAAUACAAGAAAACCAUGUAAUAGUUGACCUCUGUGAAGAUGGCUCAACCUUCUCUAAGCCAAGACCAAGGCCAGAGGUCUAGCUCUCUGUGAGAAUCCAGAGAUCCUGAGAAAUCUUAUAAGGAAGGGGAUUUUUCACGUGGCUAUUCCAGUAAAGAAACAAAGGACUAAACAUUUCCCUUUUUCUAUUUGAAUCAAAAAGGUCGCACCCAAAAUCAAGGCGCUGAUGAUGGAGUCAGGUACCACGAUGGUUGGAUAUCAGCCACAGGGAGAUAAAGCAAACUUCUUCCGAAUGGUUGUCUCAAACCCUGCAGCUAGCAAGUCUGACAUUGACUUCCUCAUUGAGGAGAUAGAAAGACUGGGGCAAGAUCUGUAAUCCCUUCAAAUGACCCGUUUUACUUCUCUAACAGCACUAUUUUCCGGUACUGGCUUCUUCUGGUUUUGGUUUGUUUGGGUGUUUUUGUAACCACUUCUGUAGAACACAUUUUAAGGUAAUCCCUUUUUAAAUGUUCGAUUCUUCUGAGACACCCUCCUUGAAAAAGAAAAGAAAAACAAUGACAAAACCCCCCCCUGUAUAUUAUGAAACAUAUAUGUGUAUUAGUAGGUUAUUUUACCAAAAGGGGAAAAUAUAUUAUCUUAAAAUGCAUUGUCCGCCCUUAUUUAAAAGCCUGGCAAAUCUAGUUAGCAG